UGUGUCGGUCGUCAGGCCUCACAGUUAAACUCUCAGAAAAAUAAUGAAAUCCCUGUAAGUGAUGAGAGAUACAAUACCGGCAAAAAAUCAUUUAGCUGCUCCGAUUGUGGGAAAAGAUUUUGUUACAAGGGAAAACUGAUGAAACACAUGAGGACUCAUACAGGAGAGAAACCUUACAGUUGCUCAGUUUGUGGUAAAACUUUCACUCAAAGUGUACAUGUGAAAAUACACAUGAGGACUCACACAGGAGAGAAGCCUUUUAGUUGCUCAGUUUGUGGCAAUGGAUUUUCACAAAAGGGACAUUUGGUAGGACACAUGGCGGUCCACACGGGGGAGAAACAGUUCAGCUGCAGCGUUUGUGACAAAGGAUUCACUUGGCUUCAUCAAUUCAAAAGACACAAGUGUGUCGGUCGUCGGGCCUCACAGCUUCAUCAAAACCAAACUGAGGAGAACAGAGAGGCAGAGCCUCCAGCCAGCAGCUCAGCUGGACAGAUGGAAACAGGAGCUGAUGGAGAGGACUGUGGAGGACCAGGACCAGCCAGGAACUCAGAUCCAGAUACACAUUUACAACCUGACACUGAUGACUCUUCUAAACCUGAGACUGAAGACGGUGGCGAUGACUGGACCGAGCGCAGCAAAAGCCAGUCAGGUUUAAACUCUGUGAAACAUAAUGACAUCGCUGUCAAAUCAAAUACCUGCUCUGAGUGUGGGAAAACAUUUUGCUCCAAGUCCAGUCUGAAUGUGCACAAGAAACGUCACACGGGAGAGAAACCAUUUAGCUGCUCCGUUUGCAGAAAACGAUUUUUGGAAAGGGCGCAAUUAAUUAGUCACAUGACAACUCACACAGGAGAAAAGCCGUUAAGCUGUUCAGUUUGUGGGCAGCGUUUUAGGUUUAGAAAACAAUUUCUGAAACACAAGAAAAUCCACGCACGGAAGAAACCAGUCCACUGUGCUGGUACUGACACAAAAGUAACCGACAGUAAUGGUAACACUGACAAAGGAUCAGAGCCACUCAAGAACAUGACUUUAGCAUCUUCUGAACCUGAUGCGGAAGUCAGUGACGAUGGUUGGAAAAAGACCAGGGAACCUCAUCCAGGUUUUAUCUCUCUGAAAAAUAACGUCACUGUAAGUGAUGAAGGAUGUUAUACUGGCCCGAAACCAGAUAUCUGCUCUGAGUGUGGUAAAAUAUUUCAUGUGAGAGGCAGUCUGAAGAGACACAUGAGAAUUCACACGGGAGAGAAACCGUUCAGUUGCUCAGUUUGUGGUAGCAGAUUCAACCAGAAGUCGUAUUUGCAGCUACACAUGAGGAUUCACACGGGAGAGAAACCAUUCAGUUGCUCAGUUUGCGAUAAAAGAUUUGCAGACAAAAGAUGGUUGGGUCACCACACGGCGAUCCACACAAAGGAGAAACGAUUCAGGUGCAGCGCUUGUGAUGAAAGAUUCACUUGGCUUUAUCAGCUCAAAAAUCACCAGUCUGUUUGUGACCCCAUACAGUUCCACCAAAACCAAACCGCCAAGACAUUUAGCUGCACCGAGUGUGGUAGAAAGUUCCGCUACAGGUACUGCAUGACGAAACACAUGAGAACUCAUACAGAAGAGAAAUUACAGGUGACAAAUGGUACUGGCAAAACCCCAAAGUGUAUUUAAUUAGCGGACACUUGUCAAGCCUGUCCUAAGUACUUCCUUAUUAACAAUAAUGGCACACUCAUCGUCCACUAUCAGCGACCUGUUUGGUGAUAUAGUUCGACUGUCAGACAUAUUUUGCAGGUUGCCGGGUGGUCUAGUACAAAGUGAAAGCUAGUAUAGAAGAAAAAUAGUUUGUUUUAUUUUAUCUUGAUGUCGUCUGUGUGUGUCCUGAUUAAGUGCCUGCCUUUCUGUAUGGCAGAAAUGUCUGUGUUAAGACAAACUAUUUACAUUGGUUAAUAGACCCCUGUGUAGUGAGCUGUCGUGUGCCCAGCCGAGUGGGGAGUCACAUGUUAACUUACCUGAAAACUCAACUCGUGCCAGAAUCUCAGCCACUCCCCUUUUCGUCUUUUGUCAUCACAAUAGCAACUUAAGUAAGACUAAGGUGUAAAAAGCCAAGAACACAACUCACUUAUAUUUCGCCUUUUGUUCGCCUCAGACAAACGCGUGUAAAAUCCCUGCUGUUAGGAUGCAGAAAGGUGCAGAUACCACUUGUGUGUGUGUGCUUCCCUCCAUGCUGCGUGAAGUGCUCGUCAUAACCAUCACAAUCGUGUGUUUUUACCAUCUGAACCUUAAAUAAAGAUUAUUUUCUUCCAUUUGGAGCCUGAGUGACGUUUUCAUUGCAAACCCUGGACUGCUGGACCAACAUCUGCACCAAUUUUAAAGGGUAAGGGAGCCUGUUGUAAACGUAUGAUCGCUGCCUUCAGUGUAACGGCCUGCAGCCUGGCCUUUCAACGCACGCCACGAACACGAUCCACAUUUCGAGCAGCUCCUGUACAGUGAGUUCUUGCAGCUUGUUUGAUGAAAACUGCUGAGACUGAACCAGACAGAAAAUGUGCUGAAAAACCAAACUAGGAGCUAAAAGAGGAUUAAAAAAUCUCCGCAGAGCUGCAGAGAAGCUGCAAUUCUGCGUGGAGUCACAACUAUGAGCGACACUUUCGCAUUACUCAGCAUUUGAUUCCAUAUUGAAUAUUUAAUAAACAACAAUUACAGUGAAGCAGUCAUUGGAAAGGAAAUUCUUAAUUCUCAGGCUCCCGCCAACAAUAUGUAUAAAAAGAAAGUCACGCAAGUAAAAGAGAAUCUAAGACAUAAAAUAGUGCAGAAGUUAAAUAUGAAAAUAUUAUAUAUAUAGUGAGGUAGGCUGGUGUACAGUAAUAAUGCCACACCAGGCGCUGAUCCAGCCAGUCGGAUACUCUGCAGAGCAUCCUGGAGUCCACGUUGCGCCCCCUCGGCACGCGGAGGAAGAAGAGUCUUUGUGAUGGUGUUGGUGUGGUGAGUCCAGGUCAGGUCCUCAACGAUGUGAACCCCGAGGAACCUGAAGCUGCGGACUCUCUCCACUGUGGUCCUGUUGAUGGAGAUGGGGGCGUGUCCUCCUCCCUGUCGCUUCCUGUAGUCCGCAAUCAGCUCCUUUGUUCUGCUGACGUUGAAAUGGAGGUUGUUGUCCUGGCACCAAGACAUCAGGACCCGGACUUCUGUAGGCCGUCUCAUCGUCGCCGGUGAUCAAGCUGAUGUCGUGUUGUCAGCAAACUUAAUGAUGGUGUUGGAGCUGUGGGCGGCCACACAGUCGAGCGUGAACAGGGGGCACAGGAGAGGGCUGAGCACGCAGCCCUGAGGGGCGCCGGUGUUGAGAAACUGGGUGGAGGAUGUGGUUCUGCCUGUCAGGAAGUUCAGGAUCCAAUCACAGAGGGCGGUUUGGUCUGUAUGCAACACCCAAAGUGGGUCCAGUGAGUCAGGGAGGAGGUGAUGAAGGUUUUGACUAUCCGCUCGAAGCACUUCACGAUGGCGGAGGUGAGACGGCUACUGGGCGGUAGUCCUUCAGGCAGAGGGUUUUAGUCUUUCUGGGGACAGGGACAAUGGUGGUCUCCUUGAAACGUGGGGACUACAGACUGGAGCAGUCAGAGGUUGAAAAUGUCUGAAGACAUCUGCCAGUUGAGAGCGCAGCCAGGGACGCCAUCAGGUCCAGGUGCCUUGCGUGGAUUAGUCCUUUUGAAGGAUCUGCACACAUCUGCCCUGAACAUUGCAAGUGGUACCUCCUCAGCCGGGAAGGUGUUGAGGUCAACGGCAGCAGCGCCGGUCAGAGCGGCUAUUUGACGGAGAGCAAACAGCGUUUCUGACGGAGUUUGUGGAGGAAAAGUUGGCGUCAUUGUGUGAAAAUGUGUAAAGUCCAGAUGCUGAGAGCGCUGGUGAAGCAGCGACUAACUGCGGCUGCUGAGGAGAUAUUUGGGCUGUUU